UUUGGUGCUUCGCGCCUGAGCCGAACGGAACAAGUCGCCAUGUCUCACACAAUUUUGCUUGUUCAACCUACCAAACGACCAGAAGGCAGGACUUAUGCUGAUUAUGAAUCUGUGAAUUAAUGCAUGGAAGGAGUCUGUAAAAUGUAUGAAGAGCAUCUGAAGAGAAUGAAUCCUAACAGCCCUUCAAUUACAUAUGAUAUUAGCCAGUUAUUUGAUUUCAUUGAUGACUUGGCUGACCUCAGCUGCCUUGUUUAUCGUGCUGAUACUCAGACAUACCAGCCAUACAAUAAAGACUGGAUAAAGGAGAAGAUCUAUGUCCUUCUCCGCAGACAAGCUCAACAAGCAAGCAAAUAGACACCAUGGUUAAGGGGGUUUUGAGGGAAGGGUUUUGACAACAGGUGUGUACAGCGUUCUGUAGUGAAAGUUUUGUAUUGUA